GGCGUAGUUGUAGAUUCCACUCCCCAACGCUACCACCUCCCUCCUCCUCCUCCCUGCUUUCCCUACACGCUGCUCAGCUUCGUUACUCGACGACUCCAAAGGCUUUUUUUGUUUUUAAUUUCAGAACGAGAAUUAUUCAACUGCAAUGCGCUAGUGAAGGAUGAAAUUUGCUCACCCAUUCCUUCUAAAUGUGCGGGUUUGGUGGCUUGAUGGAAGGGCGAGGGUGAUUGAAUGUUGGCGUUCGGGGAGGAGGUCGUCGCUGUGAGUCGCAUGGUUGUAAAGCUCUCUGAGUCGGUUCGGUUUGGUAUGAGAAUUGGUUCCUGUGGGACUAGGAUUUUGGCAGAGGACUCGUGGGGGAUUGUGCCCCGAUUCGGACUCCGGGAUUGGAGGCGAAGGGAGCGAUUUGUUGUCUACGGUUAGUCUGAGACAGGUUUUAGAGUUGCGGCAGCUUUGUUAUAGGAGAAACAAGAUGGUUACAGCCAGGAGUUGAGAGUGUCAUGGACGUAAACCCCCUCCGCUGCAAUGAGUGCGUCACCACAUAAGCCUCCUCCCAGCAAUGUCACUUGUCGCUACUGGGCAACAUCAGGGACUUGCUUUUUUGGUGAUCAGUGCAACUUCGCUCAUAAUCCUGCUGAUAGAGCUGCGUCAGGAAGAUCUGUACCUAAGCGUGAGAAGGCCUGCAAAGAACUUCUUCUCACUGGUUACUGCAAGCUGGUGUUCCAGAAUGAGAAAAAUGGAUGCGAAUACAAUCAUGAGAUUCCAGGCGUAAUUCGUGCAGGACCUCCUUCUGCAUCCUCCUCAACCACUACCAACGUGGCAGCUUCACCAGUGUUUUCGUCCUGGCCGUCAACGACAUCAACUACCCUUAGCCCGGGCAGGACAGCUGCUGCAAUCAGGAAUAAUAGGCUACCGGUGUCUGCCCCAGCAUUUGUUCCUGCAGCAGUGGCAGCAGCCCAGAGAGCCUCUUUGAGUGCUUGGGGUGGUGUGACCCCUGGUAGUGGGAAACGUACCGCGGUGACUUCACAAACCACCCUUACAUCUACUUCUCCAACACAGAAUGACAUCAUUAGUGUAUCAUCAGGUCAGACAUCUGUUGAUGCUCAAACAACCUCAGAUUUAGCAGCUCUGGUUCAAAAAGCUGAAGUCAGGAUAGCUCCAGUUACCGUUUCCAGUGGUGUGUCUGUUAGCACCCCGCUCUCCUCCACAUUUAGCAAUUCUUUGCUGAACGCACAACCCUUCAUUCCUAGCCUUUCUUCUGCAAACAGUGGAAGCUCAAAUGGGCCUACUCAAGGAGCAAGUGUCGGUAGUGCAAAUGCAACACCGUUUGUACCAUCAGGGGGAUCAGUUGCCUCAGCAAUUAGUGCUGCUCCAUUUAUACCAAGAUCAAGGCAGCACCUCGUUACUGGAGCAACAACGGGAGGGGUACCAGCCAGCAUUGAUAGGGCUUUACAACCGGCUAAUCAGUCUCUGGUGGCAUUAGACGGGUCUGUACCCCAACAGCAACUUCAAAUGAGGCAACAGCUGUCGCCACAAAUGCAGCAGCAAAUACAACAUCAAGCUGCUGCUCAAGCCCAAGUGCAAGCUCAGGCCCAGGCACAAGCACAAGCACAAGCUCAAAUGCUUGCCGCUGCAGCUCGCAGCAUGGGUGGAAACGUGCUUAACAACAAUCAGUACGUGGGGAUGGAGGUGCCUAUGGUCAUACCUUCCUUUCGCUUGCCUGAUGGGGACGAUCCUGCUCUUGGCAUGACAGCUAUGUCUCCCCCUAAUCCAGCGUUCUUGGCCAGGGUUGGGGGUAGUGGGGAUCUCUCUGUGCUCCCGCCUUCAGAUGCUAUGACUAGUAUGGGAAUUGUUGGGGAUGAAAGUGGAGUCUUACAAGUGGAUAGCAGUUCUCCGUUUGCUCACAAUUACGGUGGGGGCCUGCCGUCUCUAUCCUUUGUCAGGGCACAACUACAUCAGCAUAUGCAAAACUUGCAGUUGCAGCAGCAGCAUCAGGUUUUCUCUGGCCAGUCAUCGCUUUACUCUUUACGCCCACCACAGAGAACAGGGGCUCAAACUCCUGAGAAGCAGCAGCAGCAGCAAAUGUUGAGCACACAGUCGGAGCAACAAUCUCAAUCACCACCAUACUCCUUACGGGUUUCACAAAGUUUAGGCGCCCAAACCGCUGAGAAGUCUCUAUUUCUUGGUUCACAAGCGGAGGGGAGUGGCUUUGUGCCAUCUUCAUUAGCACUCCUUAGUGAAAAACAAGUGCAAGAACACAUGAGUCCUUCUCCUGAAAGACAAGAGUCUGAUCAGCUCUCUAUGCAAUCCUCAGAAUCCAACGGUCCACAGCAGUCAACUCAGCAAUCAGGGCAGAUUCAAAAUUCGCAGCAGCAAUCAUCAUUAGAACAACACCAUCAUCAACAGCAGGUGCAAAUUCAGCAACAUCUACAGCUACAGGCACUGCAACAACAGCAAAUGCGUCAUAGAAUGCAGCAACAAUCGCAUCAAUCGCAGCAAUCGCAACAACCGCAACACUUUCAGCAACAAGCUCAGGGCCAACGGACUCUUUCUGGUACUGGCUACAGCCAGCAAAGGUUGCCAUCUAUGAGAUCAGCUUCUCCAGUUUCUGGAGUUUCUACGGUCGCAGCUGCAACACAUGGUGGAGCCACUUAUUUCUUAGGCCCUGGCCAAGGUAUCAGCAGUCUGUCACAUGCAUUUAGCUCACCGAAUUCGCGCAAUGAAUCUCGUUCUGCGAGGAGCCAGUUUCCCGCUGGUACUGCACCCUUGGGGUCAAGGUUCAUUUCAGAUCAAUUACGUGAGGAGCUCCGACGGCGCCACACUUUGAUUCAUGCCCAGCUGGACCCUGAGCAAGAUCUUGUUGACUUACCGGAGAUGGUGCAACGAUUUCAUUCUCUGUAUCCCUUGGAGGAUGUAAAUCGUGAUGAUGACAUUCCAAGUACCUCAUUUGGUGUGAGGACGAUGGUCUUUAAAGGAAUCUCUUCGUUGGACGGUCAAGCCUAUGCCAUUCGGCGAAUCGACGGCCGCCAGGUAAUACCUACAGUGGAGCUGGCAGCUACAGCAAUUGAAGCCGUGGAGCGUUGGGCACCUUUUACUCGGCACCCUCAUAUUGUUGCAAUCAGAGAAUCCUUCGUUAGUCGAGAAGUGGAGGAUACUCCGGCUUUGUUCUUUGUGCAUGAUUAUUAUCCUGCUGCUUACACCCUUCAGUCAAUGCAUCUGCAACAAGAGCAAGCAGGUGGUGUUGUACAUUUAACGGUUAGUGAGGAACAACUUUGGAGUUAUAUGGUGCAAUUGGCCACUGUUCUUCGAGCUGUCCAUGGUGCUGGGCUGUAUUUCCGUCCAGGCGGGCUGCAUCCAUCUAAAAUUAUUGUGACAAGCAAAGGUCGGAUACGAGUAUCUAGUGUUGGCAUCCUUGACGUCCUACAUGGUGACCCAGCAGAUGAAGUUCGGGUGUUUCAGAAAGAGGACUUGGCAGGAUGUGGACGUCUGGUACUUGCACUUGCAUGUGGAUCUACUGCAAAUGCAUCACUGGAGUUUAUGGGAUCUCAUUAUUCAAACGAGAUAGUCCGAGUUACUCAGCAUUUGUUGGCCUCAUCUCCUGAGAAGUCUGAGGGAGUGGGUUUCAGCAACAUACGACAAUUGCACUCUUUUUUAGCAGAUCGAAUGUUCAGCGAGAUCGAGAAUGUUCAUAUGCAGAACGACGAAAUCAUGACCGAGUUGAGCAAAGAGGCUGAGAACGGACGUCUUUUACGCAUCCUCGUGAAAUUGGGAAUGAUGAAUGAAAGGCCUGAGACGGACAUGGAUCCAGGGUGGUCAGAAAAUGGUGAUCGCUACUUGCUCAAGUUGUUUAGGGAUUUCGUCUUUCACCAGACAUCAGAAGAAGGAACUCCUGUUAUUGACUGGGGUCAUGUUAUUGAAUGUCUUAACAAGUUGGAUGCUGGAGUCCCCGAAAAGCUAAUUUUAUUGAGUCGUGAUGAGCGAUCAAUGCUCAUUGCUUCAUAUGCGGACUUGAAGCGAUGCUUAGAAAAUGUCUAUCAAGAACUUCUUGCAAGGGCAUCCGGAGACAAGGGAAGGGUCGCACUGCCGCAGAGCAUGCUUGUGCAAUCACAAGCUCGCCUCAGUCAGAGGCUACAUGCAAGUUGAGUGGAACAGUUGAUCGGGAUUUUAGAUGGUCAGUAGUCGCUUUGACCAGUUCCUUCUCUUAGAGGCAGGGUUAGCCCUGGAGGUUAUUUUGGCUAAGCUAACUGGAGUGAUUGCAUGGCAUUGCUUAGCUAGGGAAGGAACUGAUGUAUCUCUUGAGUUUACUGCGUAGGACUUUCCAUUGGUCAUGUUGUAAUUUUUAAACAUGUAGUAUAGUUGGUGUGAGUAUUCUGUUCUCAGCUUGUAAAAAUGGGUAUUGGAUCUUCAACACUUGGACACUUGCAGAACUUUAAGGAAAGUUCAGUUUGCAACUUAA